AGUUAUGAGGGGGAACUAGAGCAACGGCGGCGAGCAGGGACAGUCAGCGUGAGCGCGCACAGGGAAAAGCCGAAGCCGCGCGUGGCUAGAAUGAGUGGAAUCAACUGAACUGCGCACUUUAACAACAGCUUGCGUUUGAACACACAAACAAACCGCGUGCACGUCUUCUCCCCCGGCUCGAGUUAGUUAGUUUAGCGUCUAAACGACUUAACCCACUUGGUUCCGUGACUUCGGCAGCGAUUAUCGUGGAGUUGUUUUUAACGUUUGAAUUACCUCAGCCUCGAGUGGCGGGAUUAAGGGGGCCGAGAGAGAGGGAGGAGAAGGUGGGGCAGGGUGAGUCAAACGGACCGAGCGCUCACUACUGUCCGCUCGCUUCCACCAAACCACCAAAGGAUAAUUUUUCCCACCCAAAACCGACAGGAAUCAACCAUUCGCCGUUCAUCGGAAUUUGGAGAGCGAUACAAUCGGCUGUCAGCGUUUCUUUCGCGGCGCUCAUUCCAGGUACUCUGAAGUGUCUGCUCGGUAAUCCUCUGAUAUUUACCAUUUGGACGGAUUUUGGAGGGGGAGUGUAAAUUCCCCGCUCUUGUUGGACCAUGGCCGACGACGACGUGCUCUUUGAAGAUGUUUACGAGCUGUGUGAGGUCAUUGGCAAGGGACCUUUUAGUGUGGUACGAAGAUGCAUCAACAGAGAGACGGGCCAACAGUUUGCCGUGAAGAUUGUGGAUGUGGCCAAAUUCACCUCCAGCCCUGGCCUCAGCACAGAAGACCUGAAGAGAGAAGCCAGUAUCUGCCACAUGCUGAAACAUCCUCAUAUAGUGGAGCUUCUAGAGACCUACAGCUCUGAUGGGAUGCUCUACAUGGUGUUUGAGUUCAUGGAUGGAGCAGAUCUCUGCUUUGAGAUUGUGAAGAGAGCAGACGCUGGCUUUGUUUACAGUGAAGCGGUAGCCAGUCACUACAUGAGACAGAUCCUAGAGGCGCUGCGGUAUUGCCAUGACAACAACAUCAUUCACCGGGAUGUGAAGCCUCAUUGUGUGCUGCUGGCAUCAAAGGAGAACUCUGCUCCAGUGAAACUUGGUGGCUUUGGUGUUGCUAUACAGCUGGGAGAGUCCGGAUUAGUGGCUGGAGGCAGAGUGGGCACACCACACUUCAUGGCCCCUGAAGUGGUGAAAAGAGAACCUUAUGGGAAACCUGUGGACGUUUGGGGCUGUGGAGUCAUUCUCUUCAUUCUGUUGAGUGGCUGCUUGCCCUUCUAUGGCACCAAAGAGCGCCUCUUCGAAGCAAUCAUUAAAGGAAAAUACAAGGUAAUGAACCCUCGGCAGUGGGGCCACAUCUCAGAGAGUGCCAAAGAUCUGGUGCGCCGUAUGCUGAUGCUGGACCCUGCAGAGAGGAUCACAGUCUAUGAAGCUCUCAACCACCCCUGGCUGAAGGAGAGAGACCGCUAUGCCUACAAGAUCCACCUUCCUGAGACCGUCGAACAGCUGAGGAAGUUCAAUGCCAGGAGGAAACUAAAAGGUGCUGUGCUCGCUGCAGUCUCCAGUCACAAGUUCAACUCUUUCUAUGGCGACCCACCUGAAGAACUGCCUGACUUCUCUGAGGACCCUACUUCCUCAGGAUUACUAGCGGCAGAAAGAGCUGUAUCACAAGUGCUGGACAGUUUGGAGGAGAUCCAUGCGCUCACAGACUGCAGUGAGAAAGAUCUAGACUUUCUACACAGCGUCUUCCAGGACCAUCACCUUCACACAUUGCUUGAUCUGUAUGACAAGAUAAACACCAAGUCGUCACCGCAAAUCAGGAAUCCUUCGAGUGACGCAGUUCAGAGAGCCAAAGAGACCUCCACCGAAGACGGGUCGAGCGCAGCCUUGAAACAUCUGGAAUAUGUACUGGAGGAGAUUUCAUGCUACCCGGAGAAUACAGAUGCUAAAGAACUGAGACGGAUCCUAACUCAGCCUCAUUUCAUGGCCUUACUUCAAACUCAUGAUGUUGUGGCACAUGAGGUGUACAGUGACGAUGCAAUGAGGGUCACCCCUCCCCCCACAUCGCCAUACCUCAACGGAGACUCACCAGAAAGCACGAACGGAGACAUGGACAUCGAAAACGUCACACGAGUGCGUCUUGUUCAGUUCCAAAAGAACACAGAUGAACCAAUGGGCAUCACAUUGAAAAUGAAUGACCUGAACCACUGCAUCGUAGCAAGAAUAAUGCAUGGAGGAAUGAUUCACAGACAAGGAACUUUACACAUUGGAGACGAGAUCCGGGAGAUCAACGGUAUAAGUGUAGCAAAUCAAACAGUGGAGCAGCUUCAGAAAAUGCUUCGGGAGAUGAGAGGCAGCAUCACCUUUAAGAUUGUGCCAAGCUACCGCACGCAGCAGUCGUCCUGUGAGAAAGAAUCCCCUUCCACAUCCAGACAGUCCCCUGCUAAUGGCCAUUCCAGCAUUAACAGUUCUAUCUUGGACUUGCCGUCGACCAUUCAGCCAAAAGGACGCCAGAUCUCCAGACCUCCAAUCAAGGAUAAAUUUUCCAUCAAGAUUUAUGUACGAGCACAGUUCGAGUAUGACCCGGUAAAAGAUGACCUCAUCCCCUGUAAAGAGGCCGGGAUUCGCUUCAGAGUGGGUGACAUAAUCCAGAUUAUCAACAAAGAUGACCAUAACUGGUGGCAGGGCAAGCUGGAGAACACCAAGAAUGGCACAGCGGGGCUCAUUCCCUCCCCAGAACUCCAGGAGUGGCGGGUGGCCUGUAUAGCCAUGGAGAAAACAAAGCAAGAACAGCAGGCGAGCUGUACUUGGUUUGGCAAGAAAAAAAAGCAGUACAAAGACAAAUACCUAGCAAAGCACAACGCAGUGUUUGAUCAACUAGAUCUUGUCACAUAUGAGGAGGUAGUGAAGUUGCCGGCGUUCAAGAGGAAAACAUUAGUUUUACUAGGUGCUCACGGUGUUGGCCGAAGACACAUCAAGAACACACUCAUCACCAAACACCCAGACAGAUUUGCUUAUCCCAUUCCACACACAACCAGACCUCCAAAGAAAGAUGAAGAGAACGGCAAGAAUUAUUUCUUUGUUUCACAUGACCAAAUGAUGCAGGACAUCUCCAACAACGAUUACCUGGAGUACGGCAGCCACGAGGACGCGAUGUACGGCACACGGCUGGAGACGAUACGCAAAAUCCAUGAGCAGGGACUCAUAGCCAUACUGGACGUAGAGCCACAGGCACUGAAGGUUUUACGGACAGCUGAAUUUGCUCCCUAUGUGGUUUUCAUAGCUGCACCAACUAUCACUCCUGGCAUGAAUGAGCUUCCCAGAUGGUGCAGGAAGCUGCCUGAUGAGUCGCUACAGAGGCUGCAGAAGGAGUCUGAGAUCCUCCAGAAGACAUAUGCACAUUACUUUGACCAAACCAUCAUCAAUAAUGAAAUUGACGAGACCAUCCGCCUCCUGGAGGAAGCCAUAGACAUGGUUUGCAGCACCGCCCAGUGGGUUCCGGUGUCCUGGGUCUACUAAAACAGCAAGCCCAUCAACCUGUAACCUUACGCCCUUCAUAACCUCACACUAAACAGUGCGUCUCUGCAAGAAAACAAAACAAAACUUGAAAAGUUUCCCAUGAUGCAAACAGAAGCCCACCUCUGACAUUCAGCAACAUCGAUGUACCUGCAGUGAGCCCAGUCUUGGCCCCUCACAGACUACCUAGACGUAGUGUUGUAUUAAUGAAAAAAAAGAUCAAUAAAAUAAAUUACUAAAUAUUGUCAUGUCUAUAUAGCUAGGAGGCAACAUUUUGUUGACGUUGGAUUUAAAGAGACAGUAUCCUACUUGACUUCCUUUCCUGUGGUUCUGCUCGUUUUUCUGGUCAUAAUAUUUCUCCGACAGAAUCCUCGUAGCUUUCAUCUGUCCAGCCCGUCCAUUAACUCAGCCAUAAUACAUAAUCCCACAUUAUCCAUGCGGCAGACCCCAGCUGCUUUAGCUUUAGCACAACCCACCGAUUCAGCUUUCAUUUUAAACACACUUUUUUUCUUUCUACUUUUCCCAAUCCGCCCUCCUCUACACGUGGAUACUGUCUCUCUAAAGACGUGCAUAAAUGUUUUCGAGAUUUGAAUGAGAUCUCAUGCAUGUGAACAUUCACGAGCGUUCAGUGUUAGCUGUGUCCAGACUGUCACCCACAGCAGAAAACAUUCCAUUCGGCGGGACGAACACAUUCAAACAGGUGGAGCCGGUGACCAGGAGGGAAAAAAAAGACCUAUGCACAUCCCUUGCAUUUUGGCAACUUUGUAAACAGUUUAUUUUUACCAAUUAUGUAGUAAAAUGUGUUUGUAAAUGGUCUAAAUUUUUAUUUGUUGUAAGAUUUAUGGGCUUUGGGUUGAAAAUGAAUACUGGCAUUUCAGAAGUGUGUUGUUUGAGAGUAUUACUGUUAAAAACGAAAUCAGAUUUUUAUUCUGUGCAGCAGAAUGAGGCCGCGGUCUGUUCAUCUCAAUGGUUCUGUAUAUGAUAAAACUGUUUCCUCAAACUGCCCUGUGAAAACGGCUCUAUUGAUGACAGAGCAGCUCUUCGGUAUGAGUGUGUCUUUUUCCCUUUUCUUUUCUUUUUUAAAUAUAUAUUUCCUUUUAUGUGGUGAA